CCUCCUCCUCCUCCCCCCUCCCCAUCCGCUCCCCUCGCAACCUAUUCUCCUCCCCCCACCUCACCCGGCACGCCUUCCUCGUCUAGCUCAUCGCAUACACUCGUGCAGCGGACUUUGCUAGCAGCGCUAGACGCGAAGAGGCAACUUUGA